UAAACACCUACACUCAGAAACUGAACGUGCCCAGUGGGUUCUCGGUGUCCAGCCCGGAGAAGCGUGGUUGGCUGAUUUCCCCUCUGGGGUCAGACGGGCAGUUUCCUGUUUGGAUGAUGGCGGCCAGCGUCCUGCCGGCUAUCCUCGUCUUCAUCCUCAUCUUCAUGGAGUCGCAGAUCACAGCGCUGAUCGUCAGUAAGAAGGAGAGGAUGCUGGUGAAGGGAACUGGUUUCCACCUGGACCUGCUCAUCAUCGUGGUGGUGGGCGGAGUCUCGGCACUGUUUGGGUUGCCAUGGUUAUCGGCCGCCACCGUUCGCUCCGUCACACACACCAACGCCCUCACUGUCAUGAGCAAAGCCGUUGCCCCUGGCGACAAGCCGCGCAUCCAGGAAGUGAAGGAGCAGAGGGUGACGGGCUUCCUGGUCGCUGUUCUAGUCGGUCUGUCCAUCGUGAUCGGGGAGGUCCUGCGUCAGAUCCCUCUGGCCGUCCUGUUUGGGAUCUUCCUCUAUAUGGGCGUGAUGUCUCUGAACGGGAUCCAGCUCACUGAGCGCCUCAUCCUGCUGCUGAUGCCCCCGAAGUACCACCCCGACCACAACUACGUCCGUAAGGUGCCGACGUUGAGGAUGCACCUGUUCACCGUGGUCCAGCUGACCUGUCUGUCUCUCCUGUGGGUCGUCAUGGCGACGGCGGCGGCGCUGGCGUUCCCCUUCAUGCUGCUGCUGACCAUCCCGGUGAGGAUGCUGCUGCUGCCGCGCCUCUUCAACCGCCGAGAGCUGCAGAGCCUGGACGCUGAUGAUGCCGAGCCUCAGCUGGAGGAGAAGGAGGGGCAGGACGAGUACUCCCAGCUGCAGAUGCCCGUGUGAUUGGUCCAUCCAGCUCCUUCAUUAGCAUAUCUGACCCGUAUCCCGUAGCAACGCUGGGCAGCAGACUGAACACGCUUCUGAAAUCUCGUUUUUAUAAAUCUUUGUAUUUUCUGUUUCUCUGUCUGUCUGAAGAUCACACUAACUGUCUGCUCUGUCUUCCUGAUGACUGUCUAUAUCAUUAA